GGCGGCGGCGCGCGGUGGGCCUCUCCCUGCGGAGCGGCCGGCGGCUGCGAUGUGACCCACGGGCGCGGCCGGCUGCCGGGCUUCGCGUCAGCGCCGCGUCACCCUCAGUCCGCGCGGAUGGCGGGGUCCGGCUGCGCGUGGGGCGCCGAGCCGCCGCGCUUCCUGGAGGCCUUUGGGCGGCUGUGGCAGGUGCAGAGUCGCCUGGGCAGCGGGUCCUCGGCGUCGGUGUACCGGGUGCGCUGCUGUGGCACCCCCGGCUCGCCCCCCGGCGCGCUCAAGCAGUUCCUGCCGCCCGGCGCCUCCGGAGCCGCCGCCUCGGCCGCGGAGUACGGCUUCCGCAAGGAGCGCGCGGCGCUGGAGCAGCUGCAGGGCCACCGCAACAUCGUGACUCUGUACGGAGUGUUCACCAUCCACUUCUCCCCAAACGUGCCGUCCCGCUGCCUGUUGCUGGAGCUCCUGGACGUCAGUGUGUCGGAGCUGCUCCUGUACUCCAGCCACCAGGGCUGCUCCCUGUGGGUGAUCCAGCACUGCGCCCGGGACGUGCUGGAGGCCCUCGCCUUCCUUCACCGAGAGGGCUACGUCCACGCCGACCUCAAGCCGAGGAACAUCCUGUGGAGCGCGGAGAGCGAGUGUUUCAAGCUCAUUGAUUUUGGCCUGAGCUUCAAAGAGGGCAAUCAGGAUGUGAAGUACAUUCAGACAGAUGGGUACCGGGCUCCGGAAGCCGAGCUGCAGAACUGCCUGGCCCAGGCCGGCCUGCAGAGCGACACAGAGUGCACGUCAGCGGUGGAUCUGUGGAGCCUUGGGAUCAUCCUGCUGGAGAUGUUCUCAGGAACGAAGCUGAAGCACACGGUCAGAUCUCAGGAGUGGAAGGCCAACAGCUCCGCCAUCAUCGACCACAUGUUUGCCAGCAAAGCGGUGGUGAAUGCCGCCAUCCCAGCCUACCACCUCCGAGACCUCAUCAAAAGCAUGCUCCAUGACGACCCACGCCGGCGAGUCCCCGCCGAGGCCGCGCUCUGCAGCCCGUUCUUCAGUGUCCCGUUCGCCCCUCACAUCGAAGACCUGGUGAUGCUGCCCACCCCGGUGCUGCGGCUGCUGAAUGUGCUGGACGGCGACGACCUGGACAGCGAGGAGGGCUAUGAAGAUGCCGUGGAGGACGUGAGGGAGGAGUGCCAGAAGUUCGGGCCCGUGGUGUCGCUGCUGGUCCCCAAGGAGAGCCCUGGCCGCGGACAGGUCUUUGUCGAGUACGCGAAUGCCGGUGACUCCAAAGCAGCUCAGAAGCUACUGACGGGGAGGACGUUCGACGGGAAGUUCGUGGUGGCCACGUUCUACCCGCUGAGUGCCUACCGGAGGGGCUAUCUCUACCAGACCCUGCUUUGACAGUGACCCCGGGACGCGUCCCCGCGCUGCUCCGCAUUUCCCUGGUUACCGCAUCCUCACCCCAGUGCAGCAGCACCCCUCGCCGGGGGCGGGGGGGUGCGACUUUGUACAUUUGUGUCACCUGCGCAGGUGCAGGCGCUGGAAAGCACAGGCCGCCACCCCAGGGGUCCCUCGCCGUGGGUGGUGCACGGGGCGGGUCAGACUGCCGUCGUGCUGGGUGCUCGUGAGGCCGGGUGGCUGCCCACUGCGGCCCGGGGAUGGGGGCACCUGCACGGUGCUCCCGUUUCCACGUCCAUCCCACCCAGGUGCCGGUGCGCGGUGUCCCCUUCCUUGUCCCGUGCUGCACUGGGGACAGUGUUCCCUUGAAGAAGCUGCAGUGAGCCUGUCUGCGUGCGUGUAAACUAAGGCUUGAAGGUAGAAAGCUGGCGCUUGGUGUGGCACAGCUUGCUGUGUGGUGUGUUUGCUCACGUGAGUGCAGGUGUGAGUCAGGAAAGCCGAGCGGGUCCUUCCACUGUGAGUCCUGGGAGCCGUCAGCCUCAUCCCCUCAUCCCUGCGGCGUUAUACCUGUCGGGAGGGAGGGCUGCCUGUGGGAUGGAACCUGGGGAGGAGCCGGCGGGUCCAUACUGGGCUCCGUUUGAACUCACCUGGCCCAGCGGUUGGAUCCUGUGGCUUGUCCCCUUCCCGCACCGGCACUAGACCCUGUGUAAGCCCCUUUCUGCUGAGUGUGCUGUGGUCAUCGUUAGCUUUCUCCCGGUGCAGUGUAGCCUUCUGUGACAGAAAACAAGUGGUCCGAAAAAGGAAGGGUGGGAUGUUCAGUGGAGGGAGAAGGACGGCCAGAGACUAAGAGCGUGACCAAGGGCUCUCCUGCUCCUGCUCCUCCCCGUCCCUCCCACUCCCUCCUCUGCCCUGUCUUUCCUUCACUGAGGAUGAAGCUGUGUCCUCAGCAUCCCGCGUGGCCUGGUUUGGAGGGCAGGGCAGUUUUGGUAGGUACAGCUGUACAGGUGACAGGAAGGAGCCCCCGCAGCGAGGGCUCUGGGCGUGAGGUCCUGCACAUAGCUGGUCACAGGCUCCAUCCCACCUUGCAGGGGUUGUUUGUAAGGGGUUAAAGUUCAGGAAGUCUUUAUAAAGCACUGAUUAUAUGUACACAAAAUAGGAUACAGAGUAUGGGUUUUUUCUUGUUUUCUUAUCUAAGUGAAAUUGCUAUUUAUUUGCUGUUUUCCGAGGAAGCCAACUUUUAUCUUUUCCCCUGCUGGCAGCCUCCUGCGUGGGCUGUACGGUCCCCGAGAGCCCCCACAAGAGAGGAGGGCCUCCCUGCCCCGCGGGUCCCACGGGGACCACUCAACGUUGUGGGGCCCGCCAGCUGCCACGUGGCUGGGGCCCCUCCUCACGGUUCAUCGUGAGGGUAGGUUUGGUGUGGGGGUCUGGCGUGUGAGUUGCCACAGGCCUGGGCCCUGGGGCACAUUCCAUUCUGGGGCGAGCUCCCAGUGUGUGCUCAUCGAGGACAGCCGGGCUUUUCCUGGGACCCUUUCAGGGGCUGAUGAGCGGACUUGUUUGCAGGUGCUGGUUUGGGAGGGUGUGACCAGUGUGGCUGAGACCUGUGCGUUCCUGGAACAGGUGUGUGGGUGUGAGGGGCUCCCACGGCGACUGUACACCAGGUCCUGCCAUGGGUUCUGAUGGACGCACAGUACAGGUGUCGUAGGUGAGCACGUGGCCCUCUCGUUCCCCCGCCGCUGCUGCCUCCAAAAACCAGGCCCUGAGUGUGCUGCAGGUGGGCUUCCAGGGUCAGCGACGCCCGGGGCCGCGCAUGCCCCGUGCUGGGGCCGACAGCGUCCUGCGUCUCCUCACUGCUCUGUGCUGUGCUCUGUGCUGUGCUCUGUGUGUGGUGGUUCACACUGUCGAGUUUCAUGGCAGAAGAUGCCAACCAGACUUUAAGGGAGCCGAGGGAGCACUUGAUGAACCUAAGUAACCAUUUACCGAGUUAAAUGUCUUAUAUUAAAGCCACAGAGUUGAAAAAAGAUGCCUCCUGUGAUUUAAAUUAUCUUAUUCCUAACUCCUAGCCUGGUACCACCAAAGACAAUACUUGUCGAUUUCCUCUU